AAAUAAACACAACUACGUCAGAAGACGGCAAACAAAAGAUAUGAACACGCCGACGCCGCAGUCGCCGUCGCAGUCGCAGCCCACAACGACGUCAGCGUCGCAGCCAAGGUUCGCCUGAACGUUAGGUGAAUCGAAUAAAUAUAAUUUUUUCCGAUUUUUUAUUAACAUUUGUUGCGUUGCGCCGUUGUUAUUGUUAUUGUUUCAUUUUUUGUAUUAUUUGUUGUAUUUUUUUAACGGUUGCGUGUGUAAAGUUAGUGACCUUAGAGUGAAGCGUGAUUUCGCAGUGAGGAAAACUGCAUUUGUGUGUUUUGGAAUUGAAAUCGGAUCGAAUCGUAGCAGGCCCAGACGGCAUUAGCAAUGCCUUGGAGACUGUCUCCAUUCACUUUUUGAUCCGAACCAGACUAGAACACUUGGCCUAAUUACACAAGCGAUUCUAGGCUAAAAUUCAACAACAAAUUGGCAUUAUUUUAAACUUGAAGAAAUUUUUUUUUUUUUUUUUGCUUUCGCGGAAAUUGUUUACUUUUGUUUUGGUAGUACAAGAAAAAUUGAAGAAAAGGGUUUUCGUAAUGAGCCAACGAGGAGUUUUUUGCCUAAAUGCCACCACAAUGGGUCUGUCCGCGUCGCAGCCAUCAUCGCCGCGUGAUCCGCCCCCGGAGUUAGAUAGGCAGCCGGACAAGAAGGACCAGAAGCAGCAGCAAGCGCAGGAGCGGGAGGAAGAGAAGUGUGAAGAGCAGGCAAAGCAACAAAAUGAAAAGCCAAACGAGCCAUUGGAUGAGUCUAAGAAGCAGCCAAAGGAGGAGGGGCCAAAAGAUCAAGCACAGCCAAUACCAGCGGCGACAGCACCGCAGCCACGCUCAGCACCACAAGCACCACAUGCACACCCCACCGUAAAAGACCUGCCACACAUAUGCAGGCACUAUGCGGCGUUCAGCCUGUCGGGCGGAUGUGAAUCGUCCGUUGGAUGCGGCAGUGUCCAGAGCAAGUCUGGCUUGACGCUCACAGCCACCGAGCACUACCACAACCAGCUGGAGAAGCUGCGCUCCAUUUGCGGCGAUGCGGCCGUCACGAACUUUGAGCUGAAUAACCUAUUCCUAGAUCGACUCAAGGAGAUCGAUUGCCUCGAUGAGGAAUGCGGCGGCGAUUCGAAAUUUGCCACACUGCGGCUGGCCACAUUUCAGGAUUGGGUCGAUCUACUGCUGCAUGUCAACUACAUUAUCUUUGGCAAUAUGACCGCCAUGGAGGUGGAGGCGUACGAGAAGAUCAUGAACUGUUUCCGAUCGGUGCGCGGUGAGCAGCAACAGGCGCAGGAUGAGAAUCGCAAGCUGCGCAAGGAUAUGUGCGCCAUUAUAAAGCUGGUGCAGCACGCCUUCCAUCACAAUACCUGGAACACGGACGACAUGUGCCUGGAGACGUUGACGGUGAAUCAGCUAUUGGGCAUACAGGCGGAUCAGGCACGACCGGAGAGCGAAAGCGAGAAAGUAACCAAAGACAUGCGCUCUCUGACCAAUGAGAUGGCGGCCAAGCACGACGAGGUCCGUCACCUGCAGUCCCAGAUGUGUGCCCUCGACGAGGUGGUCCAGACGGCGCGACAAAAGCUCAUCCUCAAAGAUCAAUGCAUAGCGCAGCUCAAUCAGCAGCUGGUGGAACUGCAAGAUUGUCUGGCUAAUAUGUCCCAGGAAUUGAACAACAAAACACGAACAGUUAAGCAGUAUGAGGAGGCCUUCGAUACGAUGGACCGCAACAGCUGUUUGUUUGAGAAUAUCAACGAGAUGGAUCAGCAGGCCAACGAGCUGAUGCGCCUGCUGAACAAGGAGCUGAACGAAAUCAUAAAUAUCAUAAGCACCAAGGACUUUCAGGCCAUGGAGUACAGACGGAAGCUGCUAUCCUGUUUCAUCGACCGAAUUAACAACGAUCGCAUGGAGACAAUGCGCAAAUUGGAAAAUAUGCGCUCACAGCUGCGAGCAUUGGAUUGCAGUAUCGAUCAGCUGGAAUUGCCUCUAGCUUGUAGCACACAGCGACCCGAAGAUAAGUAUGACAAUCAGCUAAUCGAUGCACUGCGUCGGCGACUGAUAGCGAUCAACCAGUGCAACAAGGAGCUCAACUGCAGGUGCCAACAGGUAGAGGCCCAACAACGAUUUGAGCUUUUGAAUGUCACUUCUGAUUUUGAGGCUGUGCGUGCUAUAAAUGAGAAAAACUGCCAGGUAUUGAAGGAAAUAGCUGAACUACUCUCCAAACUGCGCUGCUGUGAUCUAUCUUAUGAGGAGAUCUAUACUGAAAAAUCGUCGGGCAAUCCAUUUUGCAUUGCCAUCAUGGAAAUGUAUGAGAAACUAAAUCAGCUGGAGAACAAUACGGAGACAGAGAACCUGCAGUCACUCAACGAACGACUGGUUUGUCAAAUAGAAAGUCUGAGGGUCGUUUUGCAGGAGCGUGAGUCUAAAAUCUGUGAGCUGCAGACCGGUUACGUCGAUUUAAAUGAGACCAACAGGCUCAGAGAAGAAAUUUUCUUGCUGAAACAAGAAAAUUGUGAACAGUCACAAAAAGUCGUGCAAAUCACCAGUUUGCUCCAGGCAAAGGAAUACGAGCGACAGGAGGCAAAUGCCAAUAAUGAAGCCGCAAUGCAGAUGUAUGAGGAUCAGUGCAAGGAGCUGCGGCGAGCGCAUAAUGAAGUGAAAAGACUGAAGGAGUGUCUGUCCUCGCUGGAAAACUGCCAGCAGGAGCUCAAUGAAGAGCGGAAUUCACUGCGCGCCGAAAUCACUGCGCUGAAGAACAGGGAAGCCGAGCUGUGUGGCAAGGAUCGAGCAUUGAACGAGCAGCUGAAGUGCAAGGAACAGGAUCUUGAAAAAUCACGCUGCCUGCUGCACGACAUGCAAUGCCAUCUGAAGCAGGAGGAGCGUCAGCAUAAGGAAACUCUGGACCGUUUGUGCCAGGCCAACGACGAUAUCCGGAAACAAAUGCGCGACGUUGCCAACGAAUGCAAGCAGAUGCAGCUCAAGCUGAAGCAGCAGACCAAAGUAAACGAGCAGCAGCAACAGAUCAUUGAGUCGUUCCGCAAAUGGAAAGAUGCGCAAAUUCGAUCAGACGAAGCGAUGCGUCAGUGCAUGAAGCGUGCCGAGGAGCACAUCAAUCUGUUGCUGGAGGAGAAUCAGCGGCUGUGCGAGGAGUACCGGCGCCUAUACAGCGACUACUCCCAGCUCGAGUCGGAGAUGCAACGUGUUAAGAAUGCAGUCAAUAAGCGCUUUAAUACGUCGUCGUGCCCAACGCCCGCCUCGCCCCAACCAGACAGCGUCAUAUGCAGGAGUCAGGCGGUGAGCGACGAAAUGGCCAAUCGCUUGAAGUUCAUGUCCUGUACGGCACAGCGCCUCUCUGCACAGUGUCAAGCGCUGAAGAGUAAUUCGUUGGAUUUAUCCAUUAUUAAAUCUAUGCAGUCCAGUCAAAAUUUAAGUACCGAAUCGAGCCAAUGCUGCCAAUUGAAUGGCACAGAGUCAGCAUCGAGCACGUUGUGAGAAUCACAUUAAUUCGUCUCUCUUCUAGUUGUGGUCUAUUGCAUAUACUGGGAUGUUCAUACUUUUUACAAUUCUGUUUAAUACGCGUUUUUUAUUUUAACACACAUUUGGCCAACAGAUGUAAAUUGACAGUUGUAAUUUUUUAAAUAAAUUAACAUUUUGAUAAGUAA